AUGAGCGCGAUGGAGGACGCAAAGAUUUACACCACGGAGGCUCCCCCAGAUGCAAGACACAUAAAGAACGUGUUAUACUGGUACAUCUACCUCACUCUUACUAUCAAGGGACCAGAGACGCCAGCAGACAGCAUACUUCUGGGCAUUUUUGUCCCGAGAAUACAGUUGCGCCUGGCCCAGCAAACCAUUGUUAAGCGCUACCCCACUGCUGUGCAAGAAGAUGCUCACACUCACGAGUCAGUCCGAACACUGGUGUUGUACAGAUGUUCGUGGUGUAGCAAUCGCAGUGCUGCACUGAGGAUGUGCAGUGGUUGCGAGAAAGCGAGGUAUUGCGAUGCUGGAUACCAAAAGUCGCAUUGGUUGGAGCAUAAGGUCAUGUGCAGGACUUGAAUGGCCUGAAAUA